AUGCAGAGCGUUCUUCAGGCGGACUUGAAUGUAAAGACAUUCGGGAUCAUCGCAGCUGUGCUCUUACCCUUGGCAGUCAUAUAUCAACUCUGGCUCUAUCCCUACUUUAUCACUCCUCUGCGAAAAACUCCAGGUCCGAAGGGAUCGCUUUUAUCACCGAAAUAUGUCCUGUUUGGAGAGUUUCCAGCUAUUAUGUAUGGUGAAGCUGGCGUUGUUCAACGAGAAUGGGCAAAGCAGUAUGGACCUAUCGUGCGGGCUGUUGGGCCUUUCGGCAUCCAUCGACUCAUGUUUUUGAGUCCUGUUGCUAUGCAAAAGGUGCUCGUUUCAGACUGGACUGAAUAUCCAAGACCAGACUUUAUGAGGAACAUUUUGGGUCUUGUAGCCGGCUACGGGCUGCUGACCGUUACGGGUGAUGAGCAUCGAACGAUGCGUCGUGCUAUGAACCCUGCAUUCUCUAUCCCCAGUCUUACAGCUCAGACGGAUAUGUAUUACAAACCAUUAUACGAUUUGGUCGAGAUCCUUAAAGGCCAGAUAAAAAAUAGCACGGGAAACGUGCUAUAUAUGUAUGACUGGAUGAGUAGAGUGACCCUGGAUAUCAUUUGCCUGACUGCUUUCGGCUAUGAAUGUGACAGCCUGCAUAAUCCAUCGAAUGAGCUAGCAGACGCUUACCAUAAGCUUCUGGAUUUGCAGAAUGGCUCGAAUCUGGCGCGGAUUAUUGCACUGGUUUCUGUCCCGGGCGUGCCUUAUCUCUUUAGGACUGAAUGGUUGUACAACCACCGACACUGGAUGGAGAAGGUACCCCUUUUUGCACCAGGUGCCACUUUGAUCGAAUGUAUGCGUCGCAUCAAGCGCGUGUCCGCGAUGAUUCUCGAGGAUGCAAAGUCACACGCCGCGGCGGUUGUUGCGAGCGACAGCACGCUGGCAUGCAAGAAGGACGUAAUGAGCCUGCUCGUGCAGGCCCGGAUGCGCGAGGGCAGUUCCGGACCUGGGUUUAGUAUGACAGACGCAAUGAUGAUGGAACAAGUGUUAACUUUCUUGGGUGCGGGACAUGAAACGACGGCAUCUGGUCUAGCCUGGACGCUCUGGCUUUUGGCAACUCAUCCCGAUGUUCAAACUAAGCUCCGUGAGGAGGUUACUCGUGUUCUCGCCGAUGACCCAAAUCCCGACUUCCGAACCCUGAAAGGCAUGGAAUAUCUCGAUCACGUUGUGAUGGAAGCUCUACGCGUGUUUCCACCCGUACCAAUGACAAUACGAAAGUCCGGGAAGAACGACUACAUCGACGGGGUCUACGUCCCAAAGAAUACACUCUUCUAUAUUGCUAUUAGGGUCAUCAACACCUACAAGGACUUCUGGGGCGAGGACGCAGAAGAAUUCCAUCCCGAGAGAUGGGCAAAGCUUAACGAGGCGCCAGGCUACCAUUCAACACACUCCUUCCAAUCUUUCAUCAACGGUCCACACCAUUGUAUCGGGAAGACCAUGGCCAUCGUCGAGAUGAAGGCAGUCCUCGCUAUAAUCAUAGCGAACUUUGAGUUCGCACCUGCGUAUGCUGGACAGAAACCCCGCCCGACGGCCGCUGUGACUAUGAAGCCCGCGGAUAAUUUGCCUCUAUUGGUUCGGCCCGUGAAGAAGUAAACAGCUUGGGGUUGUGGCACUCAUCGACAACAGUGGUGUUGUGUGCCUAACCCCAAUGUCUUGCGAAUUGUCUUCCUCUGUCUAAUUUAUGUUGAAUGUGUUGUACAGCGGACAGGACUACAUCUUUGUACAACUCC